AUGGCUCUCUUUGUGCGCCAGGUCGUUACCUUGACUCUCAAGAAUCUCCUGCUUGCUUUUGUCCGGCGCUGGUUCUCGACCUUAAUCCGAGCGUUUCUUUUGCCUUGCGUCUUUGUCGGCUUCCUCGUCUAUGGCAUUGGUGACCCCACGCCGAUUCGAAGUCUGUCCGAAGCGCUGGAUCUGGUCUCUGGUGGCAGAGAUAAACUUGUUUUCGUGAACAACGGGUUUACAGAUGGUCCCAUUCAAUCAGUCAUUGAGAAAGUCGUGAAUGAUACUGGGUCAUUUGGUGGUCGCGUCGAGAUAUUGUCACAAGAGGAGGAGCUCUUGACUGUGUGUCGGAACUCGAUCAGAGGAACUUCGUCAUGCAUAGCCGGCGCUGUCUUUUUCUCCUCACCCUCUGAAGGAGAGGCUGCUCGGUGGAAUUACACUAUCCGUGCAGAUGGCGGACUUCAGUCCAAAAUUGUGACUGACUCCUCCAAGAACGAUGUCGAGAUCUACUUGCUUCCCCUGCAGCACGCCAUUGACCGUGCCAUUUCGGAGGCUGAGGCCGGCACUAAUGGAGCUACAGUUCUGCCUGAUGCAGCAGAAGAAUACCCUUACACUUCCCAGACCAAAAAGGAGCGGCUGAGACGCAUCCGAACCCGAUAUAUGGGAGGCAUCAUCGACAUCCUAGCUGUGGCUUUCUUCAUUGGGGUAGUAGGUGUUACGUACCAGCUUACUGGAGUCAUCGCCUCAGAGAGAGAGAAUGGAAUGGCCCAGCUUCUUGAUUGCAUGAUGCCCAAUUUGAAGAGAUGGCAACCACAGAUGGCACGAAUUAUCGCUAACCACCUGGCAUUUGACCUGCUCUACGGGCCGGGUUGGAUCAUCAUGGCAAUUAUUCUCUGUGCAGGUGUCUUCAGCAAUACUUCAGCUGGCAUUGUCAUCAUCUUCAAUAUUCUGGCCGGACUGUCGAUGUCAUCCUUUUCAAUUCUGGGAGCUGCGUUCUUUAAGAAAGCCCAGCUGAGUGGAAUCACUUCUGUCAUCGUAAGUCUUCUACUUGCCAUCAUCGCGCAGGUCGCCAGCAAGGCCGGCACAGCAUCUGUCGCCAUACUUUCUCUUCUUUUUCCACCUAUGAAUUACGUAUACUUCAUCAUUUUCAUGGCUCGCUGGGAAAGACAGGACCUUGCCACGAAUCUGGUGAGACGGGCGCCGAAUAACACAUCCGCUUUACCCGGCAUUGCUCUCUGGAUCUUUUCGAUAAUUCAGAUUUUUGUCUUCCCAAUCCUUGGUGCUUAUGUCGAACGUACGCUAUAUGGAACAGUGUCGCAAAGUCGAAAGACCACAUAUUCAGACGACACUGCCUCUAUUUCAUUGUCUGGGUUCACCAAGGAGUAUCCGCCUUCGUGGUUGGCGAGAAUUCGCGCAUUCUUCACGAGGAAACAACUCACCACUGUACUCGCCGUUGACAAUCUAACCUUAGAUGCCACACGAGGCCAUAUAGUGGUGCUACUAGGCGCCAAUGGAAGCGGGAAAUCCACCACUUUGGACGCAAUUGCUGGUCUCAGUUCCAUCACCUCUGGUGAUAUAACCGUCAACUUUCCCGAGGCAAACACAGGUCUAGGGUUUUGUCCUCAGAAAAAUGUGCUAUGGGAUGAUCUGACCGUGGAGGAGCAUGUUCGCAUUUUCAACCGCAUCAAGAGCCAGAAGCCCUCUUCGAAAGAAGACAACCUGCAACUUCUGGCCUCAUGCGACAUCGUUCGAAAGAUGAGUGCCCGUUCAAAGACGUUGUCAGGAGGUCAGAAGCGCAAGUUACAGCUGGCUAUGAUGUUUACUGGCGGCUCGCGAGUAUGUUGCGUGGACGAGGUGUCCUCGGGUCUUGAUCCAUUAUCACGGCGGAAAAUCUGGGAUAUUCUGCUUGCUGAACGUGGGUCGAGGUCGAUCGUUCUCACCACACAUUUCCUCGACGAAGCUGAGCUCCUUGCUGAUCAUAUCGCUAUCCUGUCGAAGGGCAUUCUGAAGGCCUCAGGGACUUCGGUAGAGUUGAAACACAAACUCGGCUCUGGCUACCGAGUUCAUAUCUAUCACACCCAUGGGUCUCAGCAGCUUUCAGCGUACAUGGAUGUCAAUCAUGUGCGACGAGACGAUCAAACGAUUUAUGCCUUGACAGACUCGGCAAAGACGGCAGACUUUCUACGUCGCAUCGAAGGCGAGGGGGUCGUGGAGUACCAGGUCAAUGGUCCCACCAUCGAAGACGUCUUUCUGAAGGUGGCUGAGGAGGUGAGACGGUCGGAAGGACUGGCGGAAAAGGCGGGCUCCGAUCCCAUCCUCCAGGAGGUCGGUAGUCACAGCAGUACUGAGAUUGACCCCGACAGCGCUUCCAAAACAAUGAUUAGAGACGAGUCUUCGGGAGAAACCCCUCAGCUUCUGGACGGACGUCGCAUCAGCAUGCCUCAACAAGCUCUCGUACUUUUCUCCAAACGAUGGGUCGUACUCCGUCGGAACACUCUUCCCUAUCUUGCGGCAUUACUGAUUCCAAUCAUUGCUGCUGGACUCGUCACUCUCUUCCUCGACAAUUUUGAAAAGACGACCUGCAAUCCGGCGUCAUUAGCUCUGGUGUCCGAUAUUGAGUCGUUAUCAUCGCAGAUUGAUUACGAUCUUGUGGCAGGACCACGAGAUCGUCUGGGGCAAAAUGCAAUCCAACUUUUCGCUUCCACACUCGCCGGCAGCACGGGUGUUGCAGGAAUUGCAGCAAAUACAACAAAGCUGCUAGAUUCUAUCCAUCUCGUCGAUACCCUCGAUGAAUUCAACAACUACAUCGAGACCAGGUUUGCCAAUGUGACCCCUGGAGGUUUUUUCCUGGGAGACAAAACUUCACCGCCAACAUUUGCCUGGCAGGGAAACGGAAACCUUGCAUUUUCGGUCAUUAUACAGAAUGCCAUGGACACCUUGUUGACCAAUAUCUCCAUUUCAAAUCAAUACCAAGCCUUUGACGUGCCUUGGGGUGCCGACGUUGGAAAAGCAUUGCAAUUGAUCACGUAUUUUGGGCUCGCCAUGGCAGUCUACCCAUCUUUCUUCGCCCUGUAUCCAACAAUUGAGCGGCUGCGCAACGUUCGAGGACUCCAUUACAGCAACGGCGUCCGAUCGGCACCUUUGUGGCUUGCAUACACUUCGUUUGACUUCGUCAUUGUCGUCCUUACCAGCUCGAUCACUAUUAUCAUCUUCCGGGCAGUGACUGAUGUCUGGUAUCACAUUGAAUACCUCUUUGUGGUGUUCUUUUUGUAUGGCCUGGCUUCGACACUGUUGUCGUAUGUCAUCUCCCUCUUCUCGAGGUCGCAACUCGCAGCCUUUGCAUUCGCGAGUGGUGGUCAGGCCGUGAUGUUCUUGCUUUACUUUAUUGCUUACAUGUCGGUCCUCACCUAUUCACCGAUCGAUAAGAUAGACAGGAACGUCAAUAUCUGUCACUUCACAAUCGCAGCCAUCUCUCCCGUGGCCAACCUGACCCGCGCACUUUUUGUUACUCUUAACGUGUUUUCGAUCACCUGCAGAGAUCGAGAAUUUGCUUCUUAUGCUGGAUCAAUGACCACGUUUGGCGGUCCCAUCUUGUAUUUGAUUUUGCAAUCAUUCUUGCUCUUUGCGCUACUAUUGUGGUGGGAUUCGGGUCCUCUGUUUCGACGGUUCGGGAAAAAACAACAGGAAGAAGAGGUGGAAGAGAGAGACACCAUGGAAGCAGAAGUCUCCAACGAACUCACAAGGGUGUCAUCGUCGCAAGACGGUCUUCGUGUUCUAAAUCUCACCAAGCGAUUUGGCAAAACGCUCGCCGUGAACAAUGUCACAUUUGGAGUGCCUCGUAGUGAAGUCUUUGCCCUCCUCGGGCCAAACGGAGCUGGAAAGUCGACGACAAUCUCCCUGAUACGAGGUGACAUCCAGCCCAGCCGUCGAGGAGGCGAUAUUCUGGUCGACAAUGUCUCGGUGAUCCGACACCGGGCGCAGGCGCGCUCUCGACUUGGUGUCUGCCCUCAGUUCGACGCGAUGGAUACCAUGACCGUCUCGGAGCACCUGCAUUUCUAUGCCAGAGUCCGAGGUGUGAGCGAUCCCCGGCACAAUGUCGAGGCGGUGAUGCGAGCGGUUGGCCUCGAGCAGUAUGCACAUAGGAUGGCGGCCAAAUUGUCUGGUGGCAACAAGCGCAAGUUGUCCCUUGGGAUCGCGCUCAUGGGCAACCCAAGUGUCCUCCUGCUGGACGAGCCUUCUUCAGGCAUGGAUGCGGCGAGCAAGCGCGUCAUGUGGAGGACGUUAGAAUCGGUGGUUCCUGGUCGAUCUCUGGUGCUCACGACUCAUUCAAUGGAGGAAGCAGACGCACUCGCAACACGAGCUGGUAUCAUGGCAGGCAAAAUGUUGGCACUUGGGACAACUGACUAUCUUCGCAGAAAACACGGCGACGCGUAUUAUGUCCACCUCGUACAUAGCAGAGCCCCACACGCCUCCGAUGAAGACAUGCUGCGCAUUCGAAACUGGAUACAACGGAAUUUCCCCAAUGCGAAUAUCGAAAGUAAGGUAUAUGCAAGUCAGAUCCGAUUUUCGGUCCCACCCAAAACUUUGUACGCGAGCAAGGAUGGCGAAAUUAGUGUUGAAUCUGGGAUCGCGGCUCUAUUCACUGCCCUAGAGACAAACAGGUCAGAGUUGCAGAUUGAAUACUACAGCGUCAGUCGCGCAACGUUGGAUCAAGUUUUCCUCAAUAUCGUGGGCAAGCACAAUGUUGAAGAAGAGGGCGGCGAAGGACCCCUUGCGCCACAGGCCAGUUUCGUCAAGGAGCUCUCCCGGCUGCGGUCUCGUCUGGCACAUAAAUGA